GACACCCCGUUUACGGCAAAUGGAAUAUGGCGGAGGGUGAGAAAUUCCCAGACGGACUGGAGCUCAGCAAGGAAUGGCUGGAGGCUGCAGACAGCAGGGCGGAGCUGCUCCGCUACCUGAGGGAGCAUGUGCCUCAGAUCUUCUGCCUGAAGAAAGUGUCCAGCCCUCAGGAGGAAGAGGAGAUCGCACAGAGCCGACUCCUCCAACCUCUGGAGUGUUUCUUGUUUGGAGAAGAUCCUGAAGAGGGUCUGGAGAAGCUCAAGCAGGGCAGCACCUCCUCCCAGCUCUGUGGACGUGUCUUCAAAGAGGGAGAGACUGUGUACUCCUGCAGGGAUUGUGCAAUAGAUCCCACUUGUGUCCUGUGCAUGGAUUGCUUCCUGAAUAGUGUGCACAAAAGCCAUCGUUACAAGAUGCAUGCGUCAUCGGGCGGGGGGUUCUGUGAUUGUGGGGAUGUAGAAGCCUGGAAGAUCGGCCCCUGUUGCUCCAAACACGACCCAGGGGCAGCCACUGCCAUGGUAACGGAUGAGUGUGUGUUGGCGCCUGAGUUAUAUGAGCGUGCUGAGAAGCUGUUCCGGGUGCUGCUGCACUACGUCACAGAUUUCCUGGUGUGGGAGGAGAACUUUGAGCUACCAGCUGAACUCCAGCCUCGACAGAAAGAGAAUGCAUACUACUGUGUACUGUACAAUGAUGAGCACCACUCGUACGACCAUGUGAUCUACACCCUGCAGCGUUCUGUGAACUGUGAUCAGGCUGAAGCACAGACACACACAGCACUUAUUGAUAAGGAGGGUCGGCGUGCAGUAAAGAGAGGAACCCUUCGCUCCUGCCAGCAAGCAAAAGACCUUAUCAGGUCCAACUCUGAGCACAUUUCCCUGCAGCCGCUGAGGGUGGAGAUCCUUCACGCAACCGUAAUGGCUCAUCAGACUUUUGCUUUGCGUCUCGGCUCCUGGUUCCAAAAGAUCAUCGGUCUCUCAGCUGGCUUCAGGCAGGCCUUCUGUCAGGUGGCACUAGAGCCAAACGCAGAUCGAGACCGUCCUUGUCUCAUCAGCAGACUCAUGCUACACGAUGCCAGGAUGUAUAAAGGAGCUCGCAAGAUAGUUCAUGAGCUGAUUUUCUGUAGCAUGCUGAUGGAGACAGAAUUCAAGAGGCUUUUUGCUAUCGAGUUCACAAAGCACUACAUGCAGUUGCAGAAGGACUUCAUCAAUGAUGACCAUGAAAGGAGCAUAUCCAUCACCGCUCUGUCUGUUCAGAUCUUCACUGUACCCACACUGGCCAGACAUCUGAUUGAAGAGGUCAAUGUCAUUAAGGUGGUAGUUGAUACCGUUAUGGAACUGCUGCGGGAACAUCUGGAUGACAACAAUCGCUUCUUCUUCCUGGGCUACAACUCAGAGAAGUUUUCACGCAUCCAGGUCAUCUUCCACGACCUCAGGUAUAUUCUGAUCAGUAAACCUUCAAUAUGGACCGAAGAGCAGCGGAGACAGUUCCUAGAGGGUUUCAAAGUCUUUCUUGGGUUUCUCAAAUGCAUGCAGGGCAUGGAGGAGGUGAAGCGUCAGUUUGGGCAACACAUUGCAGUAGAGCCAGAAUGGGAAGCUGGCUUUUCUCUUCAGAUCCAGCUCCGCCACAUUCUUGCCAUGUUUCAGGACUGGUGUUCCUCUGAUGACGAGAUCUUGCUGCUUGCAUUUAAAGAGUGCCACGAGGUCCUGAUGCAGUGCAAUAAUCAGUCCUUCAAUAGGGCGGCCACUGACUACUACAUGUGCAAGCACAUCCUCCAUGUUUGUCCGUACAAAGUGUCUCAGGAGCCUGUCAGCAUACAUCUGCCCAUCUCCCGGCUUCUGGCUGGCCUGUAUGUACAUCUGUGCAGAACAGGGGCAAUUGAACAUCUGGAAAAUCCUGAGAGUUAUGACUACACUCAGCUGGCAGAACAUCCUCUGCGCUGUGUGGUGCUGGCUGCUCAGGUCUCAGCAGAAAUGUGGCGGAGAAACGGGCUUUCAUUGGUCAGCCAGGUCUACUACUAUCAGGACGUAAAAUGCAGGGAUGAGAUGUACGACAAGGACAUUCUCAUGCUUCAGAUUGCUGCUUCCAAAAUGGACGCCAACCACUUCCUCAUGCUGAUCUUGUUGAGAUUUGAGCUCUUUGAUUAUUUUAACGGAAGUUGUUCAAGCAAAGACCAGGAUGAAUUGAUGCAGUGGAACCGACUGACAGAAGAGAUGCUGUACCUCCUGAUCGUCAUCGUUGGUGAGCGCUAUGUGCCCGGGAUUAGUCAGGUGACCAGAGAGGACGUGACAAUGAGGGAGGUUAUUCACCUGUUGUGCAUUGAGCCCAUGGCUCACAGUAGCCUGGUCAAAGGCCUGCCAGAGAAUGAAAGCCACGAAACAGGUCUGGAGUCAGUAAUUACCAAAGUUGCCACCUUCAAAAAACCUGGAGUAUCAGGACAUGGACUAUAUGAAGUAAAAAAAGAACGUCUGGUAGAAUUUAACCCUUUCUUCUACCACUAUUCGAGAUCCCAGCAUAGCAAGGCAGAAGAGUCUCAGAAGAAGAGGAGGACUCAGGAGGGCAAUGAUAAAGCUCUUCGUCCUCCGGUGCCCCCAACCUUCUGCCCAGCUUUCUCCAACAUAGUGCGUCUGCUCUGCUGUGACAUUAUCAUCCACAUCCUGAGACGCGUCCUGCAGAGAGCUGCGGAGGACCGGGCGACUCAUUGGACAGAAUCCAUGAUCCAGAGGGCCCUGCACCUGAUUGGUCAGGCAUUGCUUGAAGAGAAAACACAGCUUGAGGACAGCACUGUGGAGGAAGUGACCUUCAAUUUCAGCCUCAAAGCUCGAAGAAUUGGUUCAGAACAUGGCAAGUCCGUGUUCCUCUUGUUGUCCAAGAUUAAGGCUCUUCCUUCCCUCGAAGCUCAGAAAGACAUGGUCAAAUGGGUUUUACAGAUGUUUGAGAUUGUCAAGUGCCUUAGAGAGAAGUCUAGUCCAACAGCUUUCAUGAGCGUGGAGGCAACCAAGCCAGAAGAGAGUGCUCAAGACAAAGAGAAAGCAGAGCGGAAAAGAAAGGCAGAGGCAGCCAAACUCCACCGUCAGAAGAUUAUGGCCCAAAUGUCAGAGAUGCAGAAGAACUUCAUUGAGUCAAACAAGAUGCUGUACGACAACAUGCCUGACAGUGGGACGCAGGGAGAGCCUGUUACAACUACUAACAGCUGCACCAUGGAGCAGAGGGAGCUGUGUGUAGCUGUUGGGCCCCACCGAGGGUCAACCCCGGCUGAGAGGGAGGUGCUGACCUGCAUUCUUUGCCAGGAGGAGCAGGAAGUGGUGGCUCAGGCUCCAGCCAUGGUACUGACUGCGUGUGUCCAGAGGUCCACAGUGCUGACACAGUGCAGAGGAAAGAUACUGACCAGCAGAGCAGAUGGGUCAGGGACAUAUCCUCUGUUCAUGCCUCCUGAUCUGGCAGUGGGGACCCACACUGGCAGCUGUGGACAUGUCAUGCACGCCACAUGUUGGCAGAAGUAUUUUGAGGCAAUCCAGAAUACGACCAGGAACCGGCUCCACGCUGAGCUGAUCAUAGACCUGGAGAAUGGGGAGUACCUGUGUCCUUUGUGCAAGUCUCUCUGCAAUACCGUUGUCCCUCUCAUCCCAUUGGAACCACUAACAUUUAACUAUGAGAAUGCAGAGAUCAUUGGACAGCAUUUGACCAUGCCUCGCUGGAUCCAGAUCCUCUCUGCAAGGAUUAAAGGACUCAAGUCAGUCACUCAGGAUAAUGAUUGCAACACAGAAGGCAAUAGUGCUGACGGGGACACGAUGGUCCUGUGUGGAGAGGGCCAGCCAGACUUUAGAUCCAUUCUCAGCUACGGAGUCCAAGAACCGAGAAAGUUCUCAGACAGCAUAGCAGAGAUGCUGGUUGUGUGCGCCACCACGGUCCACAGGGUGGGACUGCAGACACCGCCCAAUGACCUGUGUCCUCGUGUGCCCCUUAUGGCCUGGAACACAUGUGCCUUCACUAUUCAGGCCAUAGAAAACAUUUUGCAGGAAGAGGACAAGUCACUCUUUGGGUCCUUACAAAACAGACAGCUUGCAGGUCUAAAGGCAAUAGUUCAGUUUUCAGCAUGCCAGAGACUUAAGAGCUCUCAGGCUGUAAUCCAAAGGCACUUCACAGACAUGCUGGGGGUCUUACUACCGGUCAUGAGCAGAAAAAACACCCCUUCGCUUCUGGAAGUGGACUUCUUCCAUCUUCUGGUGGGGUUGGUGUUGUCUGUACCUUCACUGUACCAGGAGGAGGCUGUAGAAUUACAGCCGUCUGCUGUCAGCUCUGCCUACAACCACCUGCACAUCUUGCAUCUGGUCACCAUGGCGCACAUCGUGCAGGUCCUCCUGUCCUCUGCAGAUUUCAGUCCAGUGGCAGGUGGAGAGGAGACAGAGGAGGUGAGAGCAGCAGCAGAGCUGUACAACACAGUGUCACAACAUACUGGAAGGCUGGUUCCAGAUGUGUCCGGCAGCUCUGUGGCAGAAAGAGUGAAGAGAGGAAUUGAACCUUUCCUGCGCUGUGCUGCUCUCUUUCUCAAUUGCCUUACAGGAGUCCAUCCUCCAGAGGAGCUUUUUAAUGCUCCUGUUUCCUCUCAAGGACAGAUGGAGGCACUAUGCAGUUACUUGGCACUACCCUCCAAUGUGUUCCUUCUCUUCCAGGAGCACAGAGACACUGUUAAUCCACUGAUGCAGAGGUGGUGUGGGAGCCCAGCUAUAACCAAAGCCCUGAAAGACAAAACCCACACUGUCAGAUACCCCAGGAGAAGGAAUCAUUUGAUUGAUCUUCCUGAGGAUUACAGUGCUCUCCUCAAUCAAGCCAGCCAUUUUCAGUGUCCCAAGUCUACAGAUGAUGAGAGGAAGCAUCCGACCCUGUGCCUGUUUUGUGGGGCCAUGCUGUGCUCUCAGAGCUCCUGCUGUCUCAGCCAACUGGAUGGGGAAGAUGUGGGAGCAUGCACCGCCCACACCGCCACCUGUGGUGCUGGCGUGGGAAUGUUCCUCAGGAUAAGAGAGUGUGAAAUUGUUCUGAUGGCCAGUAAGACUCGAGGAAGCACCUACCCUGCUCCUUACCUGGAUGAUUAUGGGGAGACUGAUCCUCACCUUGGACGGGGCAAUCCAUUGCACCUUUGUCCAGAACGCUACAGGAAGCUGAACCAGCUGUGGCAGCAGCACUGCAUCCUGGAAGAAAUAGCCCGCAGCAUGGAAGUGGUCAACGUGAUGUUUGCCUUUGAGUGGCAGAUGUUGUGAUGAUGUGUGCUCCUGAGGCGUGCACACACUCACACACAUUACACAUGCACACAAGCAAACAACCCUCCUACAAUCAAAGGAGGCCCGAGCAGCCAAUCCCUCCCUGACAAAACCCCUGCUGGAGUUCAGAGAGGUGGGACAGUCACAAGAGGAAGAAGAGGAUAAACAAUGGAGGUUAAUAAGCAAACCCUAGUCGCCUUGUUUUAAUUUGAUUGUCUGCUGUCAGAAUGAGUUUCUCCUCUGCUAAUGUUAUUUGAGGCUCAUUCAAAUAAAGACAAACAUCAGUUAAACAUGUUUCUGUUAUCGGUUUAUGUAUUUGGUUUAUCCCCUGAGUACUGCUGUGAAUUUUUUUUUUUUGCUUUCUCUUUUUGUGUUAGAAACGAUUUGUUAUAAGUUAUAAUGUUGAAUUAUGCUGUUUUGGAGGGUACAUUCAUUUGGAAAUGUGUAGGCUGGAUCACACAUCCUGCACAAUUUGGUUUUAUGUAGAUGGUCCAAAUAACAGAGCCAUAACCUGCUAUCACCCUUACUCAUAUAUAGACACAUAUAUUAUGGAUAAGACAUUUAUAGAAUAUACAUUACUUUCAAAGUUGUAUUAAAACCAAUUCAGUAAUCUAAGAAGUACACAGUUACCUGCUUCCAUGGGUUUUGAUAUAGAUAGACUAAGCAGUUAAUGAGCAGCUAUUAAAGUUUUCUGAAUUGUAUAUUCAGCUAUAUUUUAAUCAGAAUAUUAAUUGGUUAAAAGAUCUCACUAACCUUAAGAAUCAGGGAGUGAAUUAUACGAACGUAUUUCCUGAACACUAUAUACUAUGAAAUACUGUUUUACAAAAAAACCUAUUAGGCCAAACUGAUUAUAAUUAUCAGAUAUUUACUUAAUGUUUGUAAUGGUUAAAACAGAUUGAAGGGACCACUGUAAGACAAAUUAUUAGUAAUAUUUCACCAUGUGGUGUUUAACACACAACUUAACAAAAAUCAAAUUUAAGAAUUUUAAAUUUAAAAAACUAUUGCAAUACUCUAUUUAAGAAAGAACUGUACAUUUUAUUGAAAACAAUCUAGUAUAUCAGUUUUUCCAUUCAUUAUUUCUCAUCCUUUUCAGAAACUGUUGUGUGGAUACAUCCUUUGUUUUGUUUUUUCCUUUUUGUGUUGUUUGACAGUACUACGUGAGACACUAGCCUCUCUACAGAUGGACUGUUCCUGUGCCCUGAAUAAAUCAGAGAGCAAUGGGGUCACAAUUUCUAUUAUCUAAAAUGUAAACUUCUACAAACCAAUAUAAAAGGACGAGCUCCGACAUGGGAUGUUUGAAAUCGAAUUGCCUCUUUUCUUGCUCGUAUAUGGAAUAAAUGAAUGAGCUGUU